AUGCUCGACGUCAAUGAUUUCAUUGUCGAGCGCGGCGGCAACCCUGAGAGAAUCAGGGAGAGUCAGCGCAGGCGCCAUGCCCCGGUGCAAGUUGUCGACGAGGUGAUCGCUAUGUUCGAGGACCACCGUCAAACUGCCUAUGCUGCCACCCAAUUUAACGCCAAAAUCAACGAGGUUCAGAAGCAGAUCGGCCCUAAGAAGAAGGCCAAAGAGGAUGUUACGGAUCUCCUGAAGCAAAAAGCCGAUCUCGAGAAGGAGAAAAAGGAGCUGCUCGCUUCAGCUGCCGAAAAAGAGAAGCUUUUGAAGGCCAAAAUCAGGCUCAUCGGCAAUAUCGUGCACGAUUCCGUUCCCGUUUCCGACAAUGAGGACAACAACAGGGUUGAACGAACUUGGGCCCCCGACGGUGUAGAAUUUGAGAAGCGCAAUGUUCUCUCCCACCACGAGGUCCUUGACAAGCUGGACGGCUACGACCCGGAGAGGGGCGUGAAGGUUGUCGGCCAUCGCGGGUACUUCCUUCGGCGCUGGGGUGUGUUUCUCAAUCAGGCUUUGAUCAACUAUGGCCUCGAAUUUCUGCACGAGAGGGAUUACAUUCCCCUGCACACACCGCAACUCAUGCUCAGGGACCAGAUGGCGAAGACUGCUCAGCUCUCGCAGUUUGAUGAGGAGCUCUACAAGGUCACUGGAGACCAGGCAGACAAGUACCUUAUUGCGACCUCUGAGCAGCCCAUCUCUGCCUAUCACAGCGACGAGUGGCUACAACCUAAGCAACUACCCCUGAAGUAUGCAGGUUACUCGACGUGCUUCCGCAAAGAGGCCGGUGCUCACGGGAAAGAUGUCUGGGGUAUCUUCCGCGUCCACGAGUUUACCAAGGUCGAGCAAUUCUGCAUCACAGACCCUGAGAAGUCCUGGGAGAUGUUUGAAAGCAUGAUUUCGACCUCGGAGGAUUUUUACAAAUCCCUGGGGAUUCCCUACCGCGUUGUCGCCAUCGUCUCGGGCGCUCUCACUGCGAAGAAGCUCGACCUUGAAGCUUGGUUCCCGCACCAAGGGGAGUUCAAGGAGCUUGUCAGCUGCUCCAACUGCACUGACUACCAGAGCCGCGACCUGGAGAUCCGCUUCGGCAUCAAGAAGCAGACAGAUGUCAAGAAGACCUACGUCCACUGUCUCAACUCGACUCUUACGGCGACGACGAGGACAAUCUGCGCGAUUCUGGAAAAUUUUCAGACUGAAGAUGGUGUCACAAUCCCUGAGCCGCUACGGAAGUACCUGCCUGGAGCACCCGAGUUCAUCCCCUUUGCGAAGACAGGAACGGAGAAGAAAGAAAUUCCCGUUCGGUAA